AUGCCACCAUCUCAACCAAUCCCAGAAGACUCACCACACAAGGCUGAGGAUGAUGUUCAUUCACUUGUAAUUGCAAAACACGAUACCUCGGAUACGACUGAAUGUCCUUCACCAGCAAGCGAGAAAAGUGAUGAUGACUCUUUAGAAGACAGCCCACGUCAGGAACUUGGGAUGGUGAUCAGUCAGCUUCAAGGAAUAUUGAUCGAGAAUGAAAAGACAUUCUCUCGAGAUCAUCCGGAGGAAGCCUCUUCUGAAGCUUCUGGGAAAAAAGUUCUCGAGAAUCCCUUUACAGAAAACACAAAGCUCAGCGACGGAACUGGCUUUAUUGUACCUAUGGACCACCAAGAAAAUGGAGAUAUUUAUGAUAAACAAGGCACCCAGAGUGGAUCAGCUGCUCAAUAUACCAACAUAGUCAGUGAAGAAAUAAUGCCGCCAUCCCCCGGUAUCCCUCCUCCAGGACACCCACUCGAACACGAAAGAUCAAGUGAAGAUAUGGAAUUAGAAAGCUACAGCGACAAUCAUAUAGCAAUCAACAAAGCUGCUCUCAAAGAAGUCAAGCAGAAUACCCUCUCACCAAGAGAACAAGAGAAGCAAGACGAACCUAUGUUACGCGCUAUCCGCCAUCUAUUCAACAACAGAUUUAUGAAGGCAAAGCGACUCUUUGAAAAACAGGCGGACAGUGAUCCCUUGUACGCCCUUGGACUAGGUUCCAUGGCAUUCCUGAAGGCUGUCAUGACCACAAACGAAGAUACCACAAAAAAUGCAAUCCAAGUGUUAAUGACAACAUAUAAUAUGGCAACAGCCCAAAUUGAUUUGGCUAUGAAGAAGUCUGUAGGAGAUUCAGUAGUCCAGUACUUUUCAACCUAUUACAACUACAUCAAGUACUCAAGAGGAAAUGCCUUACCAUCCAAUAUGAAGCCUGCAUCCGAACGAGACAUUGAAGCCAACAAAGUCACCUUUGUUCCCAACGGUGUUCUACGUGCGCAUGUUGUCAAGGCUGAAAGUUGUCUUCAAAUUGCAAUUCUUCAGCUUUUACAAGAAAGUGUAGUUGGUUAUAUCAAAUGUGGAAUUAACUUGCGAAGAGCCUACACAAGCUACAGUCUAGUUUGGCAAGAGUAUAAACGAAUGGGCCAAGGAUACAAUGAAUUUAUUGAUCGCGAUACAGUAUCUGGUAUUCAGUUUGGUAUCGGAGCAGUUCAUUUAGUAUUAUCUGCCUUGCCCCAAAAGACUCUUCGAAUGGUAUCUGCCUUUGGGUGGAAAGCAGAUAAACACCUUGGAUUUGCCUUGUUAAAGAUUUGUUUGGAAGACAGACGAGUUCGAUCACCCAUGGCCUCUCUAAUGUUACUUGCUUAUUAUACCGUAUUGACAUCUCUUUGCCCUCAAAUCUUGGCUUCUGAGUACACCCAGCCUGCAAUCGAGACACUAUUGGACGCCCAAAGAUCUUCUCCUGAUUCAGCAUUUUUCCUUUACUUUGCUGGAAGAACAUCCAGACUCGCUCGCAAUCUCACCUUGUCAACACAAUCCUUUAUGUAUGCUAUUGAAAUCAGUAAGAACGAGUGGGCAGAAGUAGAGGUCCUGCAAUUGUGCAGUUAUGAGAUUGGUUUCAAUUAUAUGAUGCAACACGAGUGGGAAGAGGCAGCCAAUAUUUUCGACACUCUCUAUAAGGAGAAAUACUGGUCGCCUGUUAUUCUCCGUUUCCUUCACGGUGCCUGUCUUGAUAUGAUGGGAUUGCGCACAGAAGCCAUCUUGGCCUUUGCGGAUGUGCCUGAAUUGGAGGGUACCAAGUCUUCAAGUACCGCCCAUGUGGAGAAGUACGUGCUACACAAAGUGGCUGCUUUACAAACCAGUGGCUAUCAAGAUAUGGAUAUGACAUUGUGUGCUCUUGAGUUUAUCUGCUUGAUGAAUUCAUUUGAUUUUAUGAGUCACGAGAUGCUUGACAAGAGUAUCGCACUCGUAGAUCGUGCAUUGGGAAGCAUUGCAGAAGCCGAGAAGAUUGAGUAUGGUAUCCGCACCCGUGAACUCUUGCCAGACACUCCCCCACCCCAAUACUUUGAUCAAAGGGGUACUCUCUUAUUACUCAAGGCAUCCAUCUACAAUGCCCUUGGACGCCAUCAAGACUCAAUCAUUCACCUCAACUGGAUUAUUGACCACAAGGAGCAGAUCACAACAGACAAAUGGGUUGUACCAUUCUCUUUCUGGGAAGCGGGUGUUACAUCUUGGGGAACUGACAACAGAGUACGCGCACGCGAGUUUUGGGAUAUGUCACUGAAAUAUAGCAAAUAUGAUUUUGAAUAUCGCUUGGCAAUGCGCCUUAACCUGGCAAUCACAAAAGCACAAGAACUCGGUGUUCCAGCCCCUGAGCAAGCCAAAAACAACGGAAAGACAUCAGAGGAUAUGACCGAGAAUUCUAGUACAACAAGCAUGAGUAACAACAGUGCUACUGGAAGUUAA